AUGAGCGCAACCGAGUCCAAGCAAAUGGCCGAAAAAGGACCCGAUCCCCUCAAAGAGGAGCCCGUGGAGCUGCCACCCCUCGAGGAUGUCGCAAAGGGUCGCUGGGAGCGCAGUUGGCCAACCAUUGCCUGCGGUGCUGGUCUUUUCUCCGAUGGGUAUCUGAACCAGAUCAUCGGUCCAGUCGGCACCAUGCUGGGAAAGCUCUAUGGAGAUGCCUACACUAAUUCCACCGCGGCGCAGAAUGUCUCCUCGAUCGUUUUUGCCGGUACCGUGGUCGGUAUGCUGGGCUUCGGCUACACCAGUGACCACUGGUCGCGCAAGUGGUCACUGAUGAUUUCUACUAUCAUCCUGUUCAUCUUUGCUGCUCUCGGAGCAGGAUCUUAUGGCGCUGGCGGUAACAUUGGAGGCAUGUUCGCUGCUCUAACUGCUUAUCGCUUCUUCCUCGGUGUGGGUAUUGGCGGCGAGUAUCCUGCUGGAUCGGUCGGUGCUGCUGAGAAUACCGGAGAGUUGAAACAUGGUCAUCGCAACCGCUGGUUUAUUAUGUUUACCAACUUCCAGAUUGAUGCCGGUUUCGUCAUUGCUUCUUUGGUCUCUAUGAUCUUGGUUUUGAUCUUUACCGAAGACCACCUGCGGGCUUGCUGGCGUGUCGCUUUGGGACUGGGUGUUAUUCCACCUAUGAGCCUCAUGUAUCUUCGACUGAAGAUGAACGAACCGGAGGAGUUUAACCGGGAGCGGAUGCACAAAUUCCCUAUUUGGUUGAUCAUCAAGUUCUACUGGAAGCGCCUGACUGUCGUCUCUCUCAUCUGGUUCCUCUAUGACUUUUCAGCUUACAGUUUCUCAAUCUACUCUUCCAAGUGGGUUGACAUCAUUCUCGGCGCCGACGCCCCAUUGUGGAAGAGCUUUGGCUGGGCUACCGUGGUCAAUGUUUUCUAUAUUCCCGGUUCCGCCCUCGGUGCCUUUAUGAGUGACUGGAUCGGUCCUCGGUAUACCCUCGCUCUUGGCGUUGGUCUCCAGGGAAUCGUCGGAUUCAUCAUGGCCGGGUGCUACAAAUGGCUUGCUACCAAGGCCAACGUUGCCGCUUUUGUUGUUGUAUUCGGAAUCUUCUCUGCUCUCGGUGAAAUGGGACCCGGCGACAACAUCGGUCUAAUUGCAGCCAAGACCAGUGCAACUGCCAUCCGUGGCCAAUACUACUCUUAUGCAGCUGCCAUCGGCAAGGUUGGAGCAUUCGUCGGCACCUAUGUGAUCCCAAUCAUUCAAAAGAAUGCCCCCAACGAAAUCCGCGCCGGCCAGGAUCCUUUCUUCGUCUCCAGCUCCCUGUGCCUUCUGGCCGCUUUCCUCGCCAUUUUCAUGAUCCCGCAGAUUAACCAGGACACAAUUACUUACGAAGAUUCCAAAUUCCGCGACUACCUCGAGGCAAACGGCUACGACACCACCACGAUGGGUAACCACAACCACAACCGCCAGAGCGCCAUCCCGGAACAGGAGUAA